UUCUUUAGUGCAGAGAUAUCUCUGCUUUUUACCGCAUUACUCUUAUCCACCAAAAUUCUGCAAACUCUAAACCAUUGCAUCAUUGUUCAACUUGUUUCUUUCCGUACAUAGUUCAAACACACAAAGCCAUGUCAUCUUCUUCUCCAUCACCUAUAUCUGCUGCGUUCUCCUUUUCUAAUUCAUCUUCACUUCCUAGACCCCGAACAAGAGCUAUGUCCAAAGAGCUUCAUUUCAACCAUGAUGGUGCAACCACAAAGAAGCUUUUGGCAGGGGUGGACUUAGUGGCAGAGCUGCUUGGUGUUACAUUGGGUCCUAAGGGGAGAAAUGUUGUGUUGCACAACAAGUAUGGUCCACCCAAGAUAGUCAAUGAUGGAGAAACUGUUCUCAAAGAGAUUGAAUUGGAAGAUCCAUUGGAGAAUGUUGGAGUUAAAUUGGUGAGACAAGCUGGUGCAAAAACCAAUGACUUAGCUGGUGAUGGUUCAACUACAUCUGUUGUUCUUGCUCAUGGCUUAAUCAAAGAAGGAACAAAGGUUAUUGCAGCUGGAAUGAAUCCUAUCCAAAUUGCUCGUGGGAUUGAGAAGACAGCAAUAGCUCUUGUUUCGGAACUUAAGUUGAUGUCAAGAGAAGUUGAGGAUCAUGAACUUAAAGAUGUUGCGGCAGUCAGCGCGGGGAACGAUUAUGUCGUCGGAGAAAUGAUUUCUGAGGCUUUGGAUAAAGUAGGCAGAAAAGGAGUAGUGACAAUUGGAAAAGGGAAGUACAUUGAGAGUAGUCUAGAGAUAGUCGAAGGAAUGCAAUUCGAUCGCGGAUAUCUAUCUCCAUACUUCGUCACGAAUCGAAGAAAGAUGACAGUUGAACUUCACAACUGCAAGUUGCUUUUAGUUGACAAAAAGAUCACAAAUCCAAAGGAGCUGCUUAACAUAUUGAAUGAUGCAGUGAAAGAGAAGUAUUCAAUUUUGAUAGUUGCUGAGGGAAUUGAGCAGGAAGCACUUGCUCCAGUUAUUAAAAAUAAACUUAGUGGUGUGCUUAAGGUUGCUGCUAUUAAAGCUCCUGCAUUUGGUGAACGGAAAAGCCAAUACUUGGAAGAUAUUGCCAUCUUGACUGGAGGUAUUGUAAUAAGAGAAGAUAUGGGUUUCACCUUAGAAAAAGCUAGCAAGAAUGUGUUGGGUUCUGCUACCAAGGUUGUCAUAACAAAAGAUUCUACCUUACUAGUCACUGAUGGGAGUACUAGACCAUCAGUUGAGAAGAGGGUUAAUCAACUAAGGAGGCUAGUUGAGAAUACCGAUGAAAAUUUCCAAAAGAAUAUAUUGAAUGAAAGGAUAGCAAGAUUAUCAGGUGGCAUUGCCAUUCUUCAGGUAGGAGCACAAACACAAGUAGAGUUGAAGGAUAAACAAUUAAGAAUAGAAGAUGCCUUAAAUGCAACCAGGGCAGCAAUUGAGGAAGGUGUAGUAGUUGGUGGUGGCUGUAGCCUUUUAAGGCUUUCCAUGAAGGUUGAUGGCAUAAAAAGUCUCCUAGACAAUGAAGAGCAGAAGAUUGGAGCUGAAAUCUUCAAAAGAGCUUUGAGCUAUCCUGCUAGAAUGAUAGCGAAAAAUGCUGGUGUAAAUGGCAAUAUUGUCAUAGAUAAGGUUUUAUCAAAUGAUAACAUGAAUUUUGGUUACAAUGCUGCUAGAGAUUGUUAUGAGGAUCUCAUGAAGGCUAGAAUCAUGGAUCCAACAAAGGUAGUUAGGUGCUGUAUAGAACAUGCAGCUUCUGUGGCCAAGACAUUUCUAACAUCUAAUGCUGUUGUCAUUGACCUCAAGGAACUACAACCAUUGCCACAGAGAAAGCCAAUGGCUGCUAGUUCAGGUUUGGGACCAAUUGGCUUGUAAAAAGGAAAGUUGUACAGUUUAGUUCUGCUUUAGAAUCCGGCUUCUAUUUACCAUUCAAGUAUUCACGAAGACUAAUCAAGAAGCAUUCAGAGACAUGACUCAAUUAGAUAGAAAAUCCAUAUAUGCUUUGUACAAAUGGGGGCACUGAUCGACCAGGAACACACCCAAAUGAAGUUAAUCAAAAUUAAUUUGGCUGUGACUAGCUUGAAGGACUUCAACAAUGUGAAGUGUUACACAUAUGAGCAUAAGGAAAAUGGUUGCCUCAUUUUGUACCUAGUGGAUUUUAGCAAACCAUUCUGUAUUAAAAUCAUUUUCUAAUUGUCAUCAAAUAUCAAGCAUUCAUCUUUAUAUCAGAGAAAAUUAAUAAUUUGAAGUCAUUACUCUUUGGAUUUAAUUCAUAUAUAUACACUCGGUAGAAAGAAUUUCUACGGUAUUCAA